AUGCCUGAGCCCACCGACGCUACCAUAAAGACCGCAGACGAAGCUCCAAGCCAAGUAGAAUCUGGUUCUCGGGAAGCGAACACUGACACCAGUACCGGAACCUCUUCCCAGCGAACAAAGAGCUUGGCGGAUCUAUACACCUCUGGCAUGAGAGACCAAGGAGAAACUGCCAUCAAGCAAGGAAUCGUCAAUACCUUGAACAACAUCGAAGCGACCGAAUAUAUCCCUCCACGAUGGCUGAAGCUUGCCCGUGAGGCGGACUGCUCAACUGUUCAUGCAAAUUGCGUACAAUUUCCAACUCUGAGGAAAAUACUCCUUGACUAUGAUGAAGAAUUGGGCAUGAGAUCUUCUAAAGGGUCUGCUAUGAGACCGGUCAACUCGGAUCCCUUUGUUAUGACUACUGCAAUGGGAACGGAGACCCAUUACCUGUUCAAGAACUAA